UUCUCGCCUUCCUAGACUAAAACUUUGUUUCCGUCAUUGAAAAUUGAAAGAGGACAAGGUUCGGUCAACAGUUGUACUGGGGAUAGGGGAGAGCAAGGGAUGAGUUCGUCGGGUUCGACGAAGAAAGCUUGGAUCGUAGGGGCGAGCGUUGGAGCAGUUGAGGUCCUGAAGGAUCAGGGGUUCUGUAGAUGGAAUUACACUAUCCGGUCGCUGCACCAACAUGCUAACAACAAUCUGAGAUCAUAUUCACAGGCGAAGAAGCUCUCUUCUUCCUCUUCUGCAAUGAAGAAAACCACGAAGAGGAUGAAGCAGACGGAGGAAUCGCUGAGGAAAGUCAUGUACUUGAGCUGCUGGGGUCUCAACUGAAGCGAAGCUGAGACUGAGAACGGGUUCAGUUGGAGUCUUUGGAGAGACAGAACACCAAAGAGAAUAUACAUGAACAAGCGAUAUGUUGAGCGUCACUGUGAUUUCUGUUCAGAGUUAUAACUUGUAAUUAUUUAAAAUACAAAUAUAUCAAUAUACUGAACAUUUUGAUCAAAACAAAGUCUCUGGCUUGUCAAAUUGGUUAUCUUAGCCUGCGAUCAUGUAGGAUAUCCCAUUCAUUUUGGCGACAUGAUCGCCUUUCUUAUGUAGCUAUAAAAAGAAAGGAUUUCUCUGUUUAAUUCGUUAUGUAUAUGGCGUGUAUUGAUGAAUCAGUUUUAAGAAUCU